UUGGCGAGUAACGCGGAUCGAUCGAGCACUGCGCGCGUCAUGAUGGUCGAAACGCGCAACUGUCGACGGAGGCGCGCAUCCUGGGGUGACCUCCCGGAGGACGUGCUCGGCGACGUGCUCGGCCGGCUGCCGUCCUUCGCCGACCGAGCCCGCCUCCGCGCCGUCUGCCGCGCAUGGCGCGCGGCCUGGCGACGCCAGCCGCACCCGCCGUUGCCGUGGCUCGUCGUCCCGGGCCACUGCGUCAGCCUCCCCGACGGCGCCAUCCACCACGUCGCGCCCCUCCCCGAUGACGCCCGCGCCGCGCCCUGCCGCGGUUCGCUUGGCAACUGGCUCGCCUUCGUCCCGCUCGCGUCGUCCGACGACCCCUUCCUGCUGAACCCCUUCUCUGCGGAGAGGGUCCCGCUGCCGCCGUGGCCGGAUCAGAAGCACGAGCCGAUCCGAAAGAUCGUCAUGUCGUCCGCCGCCUCGGACUCCUGCGUCGUCGCCGCCAUGGUCGACUGCGGCGAGAACCGCAGGAGGAUCGCCGUGUGCCGGCCGGGAGAUGGACACGAUCAGGGCGCCUGGUGGCCGGUGUCCCUGCCGUUCGACCUGCAGGACAUAGCGUUCUACAAGGGGAGGCUCCACGCUCUCCCGUCGUGCCACGGGCUGCUGGUGUUCGACGACGGCGAGCUGGACCUCCUCCGCCGCGAGCCGUGGAGGCUGCACGAGAAGCAGCUCCCGCCGCCGCCCGCCGCCAACAUUGAUUACGAUGAUGACGAGGAUAUCACGUCGAGGCAGUACCUGCUAGAGUGCAACGGGCGCCUCCACACCGUCACCAGGUCCGUCCGGCGAGAGAUCCACCGAACCGUCAGGAUCAAGGUCCACGCGCUGGAGCCGGAUGGCAGCUGGGUGCGGGUUGAGUUCAUCGGCGGGCACGCACUUUUCGUCGGCGACGCCUGCUCCGGAGCCUACCCUGCCGCCGCCGGCGCCGCUGUGUCGACCUCGGACGACCUGAUCAGAGAGAACCAGGUCUGCUACGUCGACGACGAGAUGGCGAUCAGCGCCGAGCUUGACAAGCGCAGCCGAUCCGCGCUCACCCGCACCACCGUCGAAGUCUCCAGCCGGCGCUGCGACCUCUACGGGUCCGUGCUCCGCCGCCUCCGCACCGUCGAGGCCUACAUCACGAGCGGCAAGCAGUGCAGGAACGACUACAGAGCCGGACAUUUGUCGGCGCGAACGGGACGGUGGCAUCCGACGAGGCUGCGUUCCUUUUGGUGAUAGAGCCCGUGGAGGGAAGGACCAUGACAACUCUGUCUGUGGUGAUCUAAAAUCCAAUCGUGCGCACGUUCAUCCACGUACACCUGAGCUCCUGACCCGGCAUGAUAAUCUGCGGCACACUCUUGGCCAAGCUGUUUUUUUUUUUUAGAUCAACUGGCCAAGCUGUCUUUAGAUGAAGAAGCAUUGUUCCUGUCUAUUUUCUUCCACUACUGUUGUUUCUGCAGAAGUGAAAUUGGGUGAAUUUUCGAAGUGGACGGACCAGAAGUUAAGUUGGGAACAGAUGAUUCUCGGAAGAGAAAAGUCUGCAACAGAACACAGUCAGCUCACUGCUGCACCUAUGGCUUCUACUGAGGAUUCCAUGGAUCAAUGCAGGGAACUAAUAUGUAGUAUAUUCGAAAUCAGGCGCCUUAUACUUAAUAAAUUUAAGUCGAGCGUCUUGAACAUUCGUAUUUUGUGCUUGUAGAUUCGUGCUCUGACUUUUGUGUUGUUUGUGUGUGUUUGU